CGGCCGUUACCUAUUGCCACACUUGCAUAGCAUUUCUUCUUCUCACGGCCAUCAUCACAUUCGAGAAAAGAUGGCAAUCAUAUCGCCAAAUCCCAUACCGCCAGAAGGUGCCCUGAACGGGGCAACCUCAGCAAUAAGCUCAAAUAUUCUACCACCAGAAAGCAUUGCUAGAGCUUUACCUGAUAACGUACCUGAAAAUGCACCAGCACAUUGUCCAGGAACGGAAUCUGAAGAUGCAGGAAAGGCAUCAGCAUGUGAAGGUUGCCCAAAUCAAUCCACAUGUGCAAGUACGCCAAAAGGACCUGAUCCAGAUCUAGCAAGGAUAGCAGCAAGAAUGGAAAGGGUGAAACGAAAGAUUUUAAUCAUGAGUGGAAAAGGAGGAGUUGGAAAGAGUACGUUCACUUCAAUGUUAGGAUGGGCAUGUGCGCGAGAAAAAGAAAAGAAUACGGCAAUCAUGGAUAUUGAUAUUUGUGGUCCAAGUAUACCAACAAUUUUGGGAUUGUCAAAUUCUUCUAUUCAUACUUCUUCCACUGGUUGGUCACCCGUUUACGUUAGUGAUAACUUUUGUGCAAUGUCGAUCGGGUUCUUGUUACCUUCGCCCACCAGUGCGGUGAUCUGGCGUGGGCCAAAGAAGAAUGGAUUGAUCAAGCAGUUCUUACUCGAUGUCGAUUGGACUGGUGGUUUGGAGGAAGAAGAAGAGGAGGACACUAACUCAACCAAGCCGUUACUAGAUUAUAUGCUCAUCGAUACACCACCAGGAACAUCUGACGAACACUUGUCAAUCGUUUCACUUUUGCGUGAUUCAGGAGGUUUAGACGGUGCAGUCCUGCUCACAACGCCGCAAGAAGUGUCUUUGCAAGAUGUACGCAAAGAGAUUUCAUUCUGUCGCAAAGUCAACGUUCCAAUCUUAGGGAUAGUGGAAAAUAUGGCAGGUUUCGUUUGUCCUGCUUGUCAUGGUCAAAGUGAUAUUUUUUAUCCAUCUACAGGUGGUGCAAAAGCACUUUGUGAAGAAUUAAACAUACCAUUCUUGGGUAGUGUACCACUCGAUCCUCGUAUCGGCCGAUGCUGCGACCUUGGGGAAAGUUUCGUUGAUGAAUAUCCCGAAAGUCCCGCAAGCAAGGCAUACAUGCAAGUCAUUGAUCAAAUCAAGGCCAUCUGUCCAUGAUCUGCACCACAAUUCUCUAAUCACAUAAUGUACACUAUGCAAUCAUAUGCUCUAGAAAUUCUGUAUUACAUUCCAUCU